CCUCUGCAGAGCUGAAUGACAUGCAGAUGACAUUUGAUUUAAGUGUGUUGGAGAAGAGUUGCAUCUAAAAGUUGCAGGAUGGUAGAUCUCGAGGACUUUUUUAAAAAAUCCCAACUGCCUCUUAUGAAUAUCAAUACUGAAAAAAGGAAAGCUAAGAGAAUCCUGGCAGAUGACGAUCACCUUCUGUCCUGUUAGUUUAAGCUUCAGAAGUCAAGAAGACGAUUUAGAGUUUCUCUGGCUAAAGGUCCCUUCACAAUGUCUUUUAUACCAAAUGCCAUCGACAUUCUUAAUUCAACAAAGUGACCAAUUCACAGAGGUUAAUUUGAACUGCUGCAUUUUUACUUCUUUGUACUAAUUUGUAUUUUUAUUGCACCUAUGCAGUACUAUAUGUUAGAGGUGUGUGUGGGUUGUGAUGGUGAGUCAAUUUUCCACUUUGUUGGACAAUAAAGAUCUAUUCUAUUCUAUUCUAUUCUAUUGUAAUAAAAAGCCUUAAGUUAAUAAAAAAAAGAGGAUCUAACUUCUCAUAAGUUCAGAGAGACGUGACUAAAAUGAGGAAGCUACUUCACACUGUGGCUGAGAAAAAAAAGUCUUUUAUGCAGAUCAUGUUUGUAAGAAACUAACACAAGAGUUUUAGAGAAGUCUUGGGUGAAAACAUCUUAAUUAGAAAUUAAGCAUAAGGUUUUUAGGGACGUCUAAGCGAAGAACAAGUUGAACUUUUACUUUUAUUUAAACAGCAGAGGGUCAGGAUAUAUACAAAGGAAUAUACACAUUGCUAAUUAAAACAAAUUACUGUACAGGAAUCACAGAAAUGAAAUAGUAACGGGUGGAAUACACAGACCUCACUGGAUAACAGAUGUUUGUCUGAUACACAGAAGGUUUUUGUUUGUGACGAUCACAUAUUUAAAUGAAUUGAAAAACUGUUGAAGUUUCAUCUUCUGUUCACCACACUAGUCCUUUACUGAUGGCAGUUUUGUGCUGGUUAUACAAAUAGCCAAAAUAUUUGGGUAUUUCUUUUCUACCCAAGUAUCCCCCCAAGAAAAGAAAAAGGGGGUCUCCAACAGAAAUAUACAAGAUGUGGAACAAACAGCACAGAACAAAACAGACAGAAAACAGGACACAAUGAUGUAUAAACAGUAGGACAUUUCUUUUGAAAUAUUCGGGUAUUUCAAAAGAGAUGGGAGGAGAUAAAAUGUGACUUAUUAACAUAUUUCAUGACUCAUAUUUGAAGUAUAUAAAACCCACAUUUUGGAUGACAGCUUUGCUCAUACCUUGAGAAGCUCUUCAGAUUGUAGGAACUGUGUUCUUGACGACAUGAAGAACAUGAUGAUCUUCACUCCGCUGUGUCUGACCCUGUGCUGGAUGCUCUCUGUGGACUCCAUGAGGAUCCCUCGCAAUCCCGGGCUCCCAUUAAACAUGGCUGAGGAUUCGGUUGAUGACAUGUACGAUGGCUGCAACGACACGGCAUCGAUGGACAAGAUCAAAAAGCAGUUUUCUAAAGAGCUGACAAGUGGAGUAUAUGCACAGGCCUGGAAAAAUGCUGAAACGUGUGCUGUCCAGAAGUUUAACAUAAGGAGCAAGGAGGACAUGGCUCUUACCAAAGAUCACAUGCAAGCAAUCUGUGUGUACACAGGUAAUGAUGUGUAUUCACAGUUUAAUAAAGCAGUUAGAGAACAAAGGAAAAAUUAUAUUAAGUCAUUCCAGUUCCAUAUUUUACAUUCCCUGUUGACGACAGCCAUUAGAAUCUUGAAUCCUAAUCGCCGCUGUCACAUCACCUACAGACGAACUGGAGUUGCAUUUACUGGAAAACUUAACCAAAAAAUUCGUUUGGGUUCCUUUGCAUCCAGCUCUUACAGAACAGACCUGACCCACUUUGGUAGAGAAACCUGCUUUAGGAUUAACACCUGCUAUGGUGGAUAUUUGAAAAGAUAUUCAGUCUACAAUGACAGCGAGCAAGAAGUGCUCAUCCCACCGUAUGAGAUGUUCGCUAUUAAAGACAUAGUUAGACCACCACGUUAUAUCGAAGGGCUGGAAGACUGUAAAAUUGUCUAUGUGUUGGCGAGUGCAGGACAUAAAAGUAAUAUGAACUGCAGCUUAUUUAAAUAGCAUC